UACCGCUGGAAACAAACGAUCCCACGUCUCCAUCCAGACUUGGCGACAUCUACAAAGCUCUUUCUCACUUCACUCGCUUCGUUACAUCCGCCCCUUUCCAUCUCUUUAAAAAACCCUUCCUUCCUCGUUAACCAAUCCCCAAACACACCCUGUCAUCACCAGACUUCACAUUUUCCCGGUAACCAUGUCUCAAUCAUUACACUUCUUCACUCCCUCUAACCUCACUUUCUCCAAACAAUCUCUCCCUAAACCCUCCUGUAAUCGCCGGUUCCCGGUCACCACCCUCUCUCCGAAACUUAUCUCAAUCAAAGCCUCCACGUCAGCAGAUCCCAACUCCUCCACGACCCCUCCUCAAGUCCUAAUCUCCGACAAUGGAACCGGAGCGGGCGAGAUAUUGUCCUCUACACCACAGGACUACGAUACGCCACCUUCGCAAUCAUUCCUAUCCGACUCGAGCUCGAUCGAUGUUGAUGCGGCGACGGAGGUGGAGUUGAAGGAGAAUGGGUUCAGGAGCACAAGGAGGACGAAACUGGUGUGCACGAUCGGACCAGCGACGUGUGGAUUUGAGGAAUUGCAGGCGUUGGCUGUUGGAGGCAUGAAUGUAGCACGAAUUAACAUGUGUCAUGGGACGCGUGAGUGGCAUAAGAGAGUAAUUGAGCGAGUGAGGAGAUUGAAUGAAGAGAAAGGUUUUGCUGUUGCUAUUAUGAUGGAUACUGAAGGCAGUGAGAUUCAUAUGGGCGAUCUUGGUGGUGCUUCCUCUGCUAAAGCUGAGGAUGGUGAAAUAUGGACUUUUAGUGUGCGAGCGUUCGAUUUGCCCCGACCAGAACGCACCAUCAAUGUGAAUUAUGAUGGUUUUGCUGAGGAUGUGAAAGUUGGGGAUGAACUUCUUGUUGAUGGUGGAAUGGUGAGGUUCGAGGUGAUAGAGAAAAUUGGUCCAGAUGUCAAGUGUAGGUGUACUGAUCCUGGAUUGAUGCUACCACGGGCUAACUUGACUUUCUGGAGGGAUGGAAGUCUAGUACGAGAACGUAAUGCCAUGCUCCCAACAAUUUCCUCAAAGGAUUGGUUGGACAUUGAUUUUGGGAUUGCAGAGGGUGUUGACUUCAUUGCGAUAUCAUUUGUCAAGUCUGCUGAAGUGAUUAAUCAUCUUAAAAGCUACAUAGCUGCUCGGUCUCGUGACAGUGACAUAGCUGUCAUUGCAAAAAUAGAGAGUAUUGACUCAUUGAGGAACUUGGAAGAGAUCAUUCAAGCAUCAGAUGGAGCAAUGGUAGCCAGAGGAGAUCUCGGUGCUCAGAUACCAUUAGAACAGGUCCCGUCAGCCCAACAAAAGAUUGUUCAGAUUUGUAGGCAGCUAAAUAAGCCAGUUAUUGUUGCCUCCCAGUUACUUGAAUCUAUGAUUGAAUACCCUACACCUACCAGGGCAGAGGUAGCUGAUGUUUCUGAAGCAGUUAGGCAAAGGGCAGAUGCUUUGAUGUUAUCUGGUGAGUCAGCCAUGGGCCAAUACCCUGACAAGGCACUGGCUGUUCUGAGAAGUGUCAGUGUGAGAAUUGAGAAGUGGUGGAGAGAAGAGAAACGCUAUGAAGCUAUGGAACUCCCUGCUGUAGGAUCCUCAUUUUCUGACAGUAUUUCAGAAGAGAUCUGCAGUUCUGCUGCCAAGAUGGCUAACAAUUUGGGAGUAGAUGCACUUUUUGUCUACACAAAGACAGGCCACAUGGCUUCUCUCUUGUCACGUUGCAGACCUGAUUGCCCAAUCUUUGCCUUUACAAGCACAAAAUCCGUAAGGAGACGCCUGAACCUACAGUGGGGCCUGAUACCUUUCCGUGUGAGCUUCUCUGAUGAUAUGGAGAGCAACCUCAAUAAAACCUUCUCAUUGCUCAAGGCUAGGGGAAUGAUCAAAUCAGGUGACCUUGUCAUUGCUGUAUCGGACAUGUUACAGUCCAUCCAAGUUAUGAAUGUUCCUUAGAUUUUGGGUUAGAUUGUCAUCGCAACUUGGAACCUUCUUUUCUAUGUCCAUUGUUACCAGUUCGACAAUUUGGUUGCUGCUAGAAAAUUCUAGUUGCUAUAAGAUGAAUUCAUCGUGAGGGUAGUCUUGAGUUCAUCCUGCUUUCACUGGGCCCCGUGCCUGAUACUUGAAGGAAAUCCACCCAUUCAACCAUAUAAAGUUUGACAGAUCAUUCCACUUGAGUAGCUGUAAUUCUUUGGCAGGUGAUCACAAUUUUACCCAAGUGACUUUGUUUUGACAUGUUGCUAAGGGUACCAGCGGAAGGCAGAACUGUAUUUUCUUAUGUAUUUUUGUGUGGUUUUAUAUAACCAGCGUAUUCCAGAUUGUUUCAAGUAGUAUUUUCAGUUAUUGCUUGUAUCCAGAUUGUUGUAAUUCCGUUAAAUGCUAAGAGAAAGCAAAACCAAUACAAGUUAUUAGCA